AUGCGGUUCACGAUUCCUCUUUUCGCUCUCGCUGCUGCGAUCGCCGGCGCCGUCCCGGCUGGCUCGAGCCAAGCAUCUGCCCAUGGCAAAUGGGACGUGACCUUCACCCGAUCACGUACUGUAAUGAGCAGCUACAGCGAAAAUCUGCAAAUUUGGUUCACGCCGCCGGAUGGCUCCUCGAGAACGAACGUAUCAUGCACGGCCAACGGAUACAGAGUGAACCCACCGGUGUUCGCCGAGGGCUGCACUUACCCGUACAUGAGCUACAACUACACAGACGAUUCCGUCUUGGAGAUCAAGCAACGCUACUGGGACACAAAGACUGGCCCGAGCGACGCAUCCGGGUCUGCAAAGCUCUACCUCAAAACCGGCGCCGACGGCGCAUGCCAUGGUUCGGGAACCAUCUACGCCAACUUGACCACACCCAUCCCCAUCGAGUGCCGUCUGGAUGACGAAAACAAGUUUCCCUGUAACUUUUAA